AUGGCCAUGCUGGACCCCGAGCACGCGCAGCACUUCGCCUUUGUCAGCUAUGACGGCCCCAGGCUCCCGCGCGACGCAAAGACGCGCAGCCUGAUCCGGCGGCGCGCCAUGAAAGACGUAGCCGCGUCGCGGCGGCAGCGCGGCGACUACGGCAAGCACAACCUGCGCCAGUUCCCCGUGUUCGUGGGCGAGUUCGUCAAGGCCGAGCCCAGGGACGACGCAACCCCCCUAGACGGCGCCAGCGACGACGAUGGCACACCAACGCCGAGAUGCAUCGAGACGGCCACUUCCGCCCACAGCAUCACCAAGUACGAGCAGGCCUAUCAGACCCUCCCACUGCGCGAGCGAGACUGCGGCUUUCUGGCCAGCCCGUCGCCGCCCACCGACGCCGCCACCAGGCUGCAGCUCUUCCGCCCCGUUCCACAGAGCGGCGCAAGGCUAGUGACGGCGUCGGACCUGUCGAUGCUAAUGAGUCUCGCCCCGCUGACGGGGCUGCGGCUGGGGCUGGCCAGCCUGGCGCCCUCGCCGUGGGAGGUGAGGAACCGCGGGCCUGACCCGAGUUUCCUGUCGGCGCCGCGGCUAGGGAGCAGCAAGCUGCUGGCCUUUAUCCCCAGCCGCUACGGCCAGGUGGCCACGCUCACGCAUGCCACCGACUGCGUCGUAGCCAAGCUGCGCCACAUGAUGGUAGGCCAGUGGGGAGGGGAAGCGGAUGUGCUGGGCCAUUAUACCAAAGCGCUGCGGGCCCUGCAGGUGGCCCUGGAUGAUGAGGAGCAGCGGUUUACCCCUGAGACGCUGUGUGCGACGCAGCUGCUGGGCGUCUACGAGCUGCUCAGCGCAGACGGCAAGCCGGUCUCAUGGAUCCGCCACGUCGGCGGCGCGACCCGCCUGAUUGAGGUGCGCGGCGUCGACAGGUUCAAGAGCGAGUUUGAUCUGGCGCUGCUGACGGCGCAUGCCGGGCCGGCGGUAACCGAAGCGUUCCUCAACAACAAAUCCUGCUUCCUCGCCGAGGACGCGUGGCUGCGCGUGCUGCGGGCCGCCAUCAGCGGCGACGCGUCGCUGGCGCGGCAGGUGGACCUGGUGCUCGCACUGUGGGGCCACCUAGUCGGCGGGCCGCACGUGUUCGAGAUGACGACGGCGCUGGUGUGCGCACCGAGCCCGCCGCCGCAGCAAGCUGUCGACGACCUCAUCGAGCGGCUGCUAGGCGACCGCACGCGGCUACUGGUGUGGCUUGGCAUGGCGCAGCAGCGCAUCGGGCUGCGGAUGCACGGGUCCUACGACGACGACGAGAUGGCGCGCGACGUGUCUGCGUUUCCGGCCGGCGAGGACGAGAGUGGAGACGACGGCACGCACUUGGCCCUGCGCGGCACGUACACGACGUGCCGCAUCCUCAAGGCGCGGCUGCUGGUGGCGCUGGCGCCGGCGCGCUUCCGCCACCUCGAGGCCGAGUGCCAGGAGCUCGCCGGCCGGGUCAUGCGGCUGGGGGACCAGCAGCCGGCGGCCGGCCGCGUCUCGGGGAGUUUGGUGGGGAGCCUGUUCAUGUCGCAGAGCAGCUGGAUUGCCAAGGCCAUUGUCGAGACCAAGGAUGUUUGGGCUGCUGAGAGCGCCGGCUCGGGCAUGAUCGAGCGGGCCAAGUUUGAGGCCUGGUGUCGCGCCAUAGGGCGGAGGGUGCCCGACUCGUGA